GUAUAAAUUGUCUGUGACAGUUUAAAAUUGAAUUAAAAUCAAUAAGAGGUCGAAGUGAUAGAACCCAAGAUGGCGACUUCACAGGUUUUUCUGUUUAUGUUGUUACUCGCAGGCAUAGCGGUCAUCGCUGAGACCGGUCGUAUCGUGGGCGGUCAGCCGGCCCCCAUUGAACGAUACCCUGCAAUAGUCCAAGUAAAUGCCCUCAGCAUCAGCAAUGCUUGGGUAGAAUACUGUGCGGCGAACAUUCUUACUACAAGAUACAUUCUUUCCGCUGCACAUUGCUUCCACGGAUUCCUGUACGCGCCCUCCAGACGGCGUAUAAGGGCGGGUACGGCUGAGCAGCACGUUGGAGGCAUGGUAGUGUACGUGGAGCGGGAAUUCAACCAUCCCAGCUACGGUCUCUUGGGUAUGGAUGGUGAUAUCACCGUGGUCCGGCUACAGUCAUCUCUGGUCUACUCCCCUGUCAUCCAGCAAGCCACCAUUGUCGCUCAAGGUUCCCAAAUACCAGACAAUGUGCCCGUCGUAUACGCUGGAUGGGGUGCUAUGUGGUCUAAUGGGCCAUCUUCUGAUAUCCUGCUGGACACAACAGUUUACACUGUCAACAACGAAGUGUGUACGGAAAGGUACAAGAAUUCUCCCCGCCAAGACAUCGUUACCGAGAACAUGAUAUGCGCUGGUCUUCUUGACGUCGGUGGUAAAGACGCCUGUCAAGGUGACUCCGGUGGCCCGCUGUAUUACGGCAACAUUCUCGUAGGAAUCGUCUCCUUCGGCGAGGGCUGCGCCAACGCUACCUUCCCAGGAGUCAACGCCGCUGUCGCCUCAUACACUGACUGGAUUGUGGCAACAGCUGUUUAAUGAUUAUUGUGGAUUUACUACUAAUAAAUUGUUUGUUGAGCUUUGAUGUUAA